ACGAAGGGAACCGUCUUGGCUUGUCUACUGCCAUUGAUUAGUCGUUUGCUGGCAUUUUCUUUGUCAUAAAGUGACACCGCGCGCGCGUACGGCGGCCGUGAUUUAUGGGCCUUUUGGGGAUCCGUUUGGUUUCCCGUACCACCAUCCCUACUCCACCCCUCCCGCGUAGAAGAAAGUGAACAGAUCGAGAGAACCCGCGCCCGCAAGAUAAGCAAGCACCCGAAAUCAUAAUGAAAUCGAAUUAUCUGCUGCUACCGUUGGGGAUGAUUUAUUGGUGUUGUGUGAUCGGUGCCGAUGGGGCGACCGACGACGAAGAUGACCCCCUGGUGACGACCCUUUCGCCAGCCGAGGAGUACAAGAACUACCCGUACUGCUUCCGGUUUACCUGGUUGGGACCGAAGUACAACAAGGACAGCCAGUACAAGAACGUGACCUGCGAUAGCCUGCUCAAAAAGGCCACCGGAAUUCCAUGCUUCCAUCCGUUGGUGGUCACGAAUAAUAGCAACGUGCCCGAUACAGAGUACAUGUGGAACGAGUAUCGGGACAAGCCGGCGCAAAUUGCGUGUCGGCUGGUGCGAGGUGAGGUGUGCGCCAGGUUCACCUAUCGAUACAACGGUGCAAUCGAAAACAUCACGUACAUGUGCGCCAAGAUGAACGUGGACAACGAAUCGUCAACGACGUCUACGUGCUACACCGAGGACCGGAGUGGGCGCGAGAUUGAGGUUUGCGUUUGCGAAUCCGCCGCCGGGAGGACACCCUGCAAUCGGAGCAGCACCAUCCUAGCCCAGCUGGGCCACCCGGCGGUUCUGAUUGCCCUGGCUCUGGUGCAACUGUUGACCCUUCGCAGCGUGUUCCACUACAAUCAGUGAAGUUGAAUUUGUUCAAUAAAUAUUGUUUCGAGGGAAAAAGUGA